AAAUACUUUUAAUCUUGCUCCAAGUAUUUCUUGUAAAAAAAUCACUGAACUUGAACGAUUAAACCUAAAUCAUGAACAAGAGCGUCGUUAUAAACUUUGUGCUGAACAAGAAAAAUUAUUAAGAGAAAGGACUAGUCGUCAAUCUUCCAUAAAACAAGAACAAAAUCGGGAUGCUUUAAGAAAAUUUUAUGAACGUAAAGCCAAAGAAGUUGGUCUACUAAAUUGUGUUAGUGGUGAGCAACCAUCUAAAAAUUUGGCUGAAGGUUCUGAAAUAUCUCAAGUCAAAUGUUCUUUGAAAAAAAAUAAUUCAAGAAAUUCAAAAGAUUUAGUUGAAAGAAUAAAAGCGGGUUAUACGAUUAUCAAGUUCAUCAAAUAUCAUAUUACUAGGCAAAGAACUCGUCAAAUUCUUUCAGUGCUUUACAAACUUCGAACUAUUGAGAAUCAUCUUUUAUCUCUCAAGUCUACUACUAAUAAUAACGAUCUUAAGGAUCCUAUUCGCAAGAUUUUAGAGCAAUUGGACAAAAUUAAGUGUGACAAAUCUGAAGUUAUUCUUGCAAGAAAAAAUCAAAUUAUAAAAUUAGCUCAGAAUAUGAUCGGAUCGCUAAAUGUAAAAAAUUUAAAUCUCAAUUAUUCAUUAGAUGUUUAUUAA